AUUUGGUUGUUAAAAAUUAAAAUCUUAAGGGUUUAAAUCGCUAGGUAACGUUAGUGCUGCUGCUAAAAGCUACAGGCUAGUCGUUAAAACGCUAGCAGCAGCAGGCUCUGCAUAGAAGAAGGAACAUGGAAGAGAUAAAAACCGAGCCCGUGGAUUUUGUAAAGGAAUUUCAAGAAUACUUGACACAGCAAACCCAGCAUGUCAACAUGAUCUCAGGCUCUGUGUGUGGUGAAAAAGAGACAGCGCAGUCAUUUCAAGCUGUCGCCCCAAGGUGUGAACAAAAUGGUCUGGACCCCCCGUCUGUGGAGGUGAGUCUGUCCGUGGAGGAUGGGUCGGAUGUGCAGAUGGACGGCCUGGAGAGGACCUGCGAUGGAAAGUAUAAAUGCAGCUACUGCAGCUAUGCGAACAAGGGCAUGGCUCGUUUAAUAGAGCACAUCCGCAUCCACACAGGAGAAAAGCCUCACCGCUGCCAGCUGUGCCCAUUUGCCUCUGCAUACGAGCGCCACUUGGAAGCCCACAUGCGCUCACACACUGGAGAGAAGCCAUACAAGUGUGACCUCUGCACCUUCCGAUGCAGUGACCGCAGCAACCUGUCACAUCACCGGCGACGCCGCCACAAACUUUUGCCAACAAGGGUGGCACGGUCUCCUUUCUCCAACAAGAGAAUGCUGAGCGCUUUGCAGAAGAGAACGGGUUCACUGGGCUUCGGUCGCCGGCUUCUCAUCAAUCUCAGCCCGCCCUCCGUGGUGAUGCCAAAGUCGGAUUAUAUGAACGACUUGUCUCACAAGAUCCACCAUUUGAACAGCAGUGAGUAUAAGAAUGCUCCCAAGGUGGAUGAGAAGGAAAGUCACAACAGGACUGCUAAUGGUUUGACUUUUAAAAACCCACUUGACCAGCUGUCUACACUGGCCGGUCAAUUGGCCGAGCUCCACCCUGAGUCUCAGACUCCUGUGUCGCCAGACAGGGAGUCCCUAAAAGAUGAGAAGCCCAUCCUGAUACAUAACGUCUCCAGUGAGCAGGUUGCAGUGUGCUCCAAUGGCGUGCAGUCAUCCUUACCUAAAAAAGAAUUUCCCACUUCACGCCACGAGAAUUGCAGUCCUGCUCCCAGCCUUGGCUUUGAGAACGGCAUGAAUGGUCUGACUGCAUGUGUUAACAACAGCCAGCCGGGCACGCCCGCCCCCGCCCUGAAUAUACCGGACCAGCAGAUCUUAUAUAAAUGCCAGCAUUGUGAUGUUCACUUUUCUGACAAUAUUCUCUACACUAUUCACAUGGGCUGCCACGGCUAUGAACAUCCAUUCCAGUGCAACAGCUGCGGUCAUAGGUGCACAGACAAAUAUGAUUUUGCCUGCCAUUUUGCCCGUGGCCAACAUAAAAAGUGAUCCCUAGCAGCAAAGAUGUAUAUGGAGUCCUUGUUUUUCAUAUAUUGCUUAUAUAGCAACUAAACAUAGUGACAGUAAUAUACCUUACUGCUUUUCUACCUUGAUCCCAACUUUGGGCUUUUCAUAUUAGUUGUGAAUGUAAAAAAACCACAAAUGACACGUUUACAACACGGCAUAGUUUGUGCCGUGUGAGCUACACAGGCACUUCGUCAAAACUGAUAAUACUGGAGGAAAGCUGCACAUGGGACACAUUUGGACAUUCCAACUUGAAAAUGAUCACACAAGGCCAAGACAACCUGUCAUUGGCUAGUGCAAAAAAACAGAAGGUUCUGGAGUGACCAUGUCAGUCUCCUGGCCUCAAUAUCAUUGAGCCACUUUGGGAAGAUCUCAAACAUGCAGUUCAUGCAAGACAGCCUGAGAAUUUACAGGAACUGGAGGAAUUUUACCAAGAAGAAUGGGCAGCUUUACUAUCUGAGCAAAUAAAAGUGCCUCAUCCACAACUAUCACAGAAGACUUUAAGCUGUCACUGAUGGAGGCAAUACUCGGUAUUAAGUACUAGAGUAUGUAAACCGUUGAUCAGGGUCAUUUGGGUAGUUUCUGUUGUCAAUAGGAUUUUAAAAAGGGAAACACAAUUGUUUGAUAAUAAAUAGCUUAACACAACCACUAAUUACAAGUGAAAGAAAAGUUACUGUGUUAUCAUUCAUAUUUUCUGAAAAAAAUCACUAAUUCUGCCAGGGUAUGUAAACUUUUGAGCACAACACCAAGUACCAGUGUUUAUAUGAGAAAACCUUGUUUCUGGCAUUCAUGUGGGUGUUACUUUAACAUUUACUUAAAGACUGUUUCCAACCUAGAACGCCCAGAACAAGCCCCACAACGCACCGCCCUGCAGGCUACAGGACCCAAAGGAUCUGCUGCCAGCAUCCCCAAAGGUGCCGUGUCGACACUGUGAAAGUUCAGAUCUCUGUUUACUAGCAGUGGGGGGUGGUUUUAAUGUUGUGGCUAAUGGCUAAUUUUUUUUUUUUAAAUAAAACACCAAAACAGUAUUUAGCACCAAACAUUUCAAGCUCAACCAGCUUUGUAUUCACAGCAGAGCUGACAAUCAGACCACCAUCUGUAAAUUGCUUGUUAGCUUAGCCUAUACACCAAAGUCUCCAUCUUGGCUAAAUUGACUGGACGCAUUCAUCAGUGGGAUGUUUGUAGUUCUCAUAUUUAUUCAUAUCUACCCUCAGAGACUGUAGUGAUUUUUGUUUUUUUAUUUUUACAGUUGUUAUAUACUUUUUUUAAAAACUAAUAUUUAUAUACUAUCUUAAGUAGCCUUGUGCUUCUAUACAUACACCUUUAAAAUUUACUGUAGCCA